UGACCCUGUGAUAAUGAUCAAUAAUUUGACAUGAUUGAAAGGGGAGAGACCUUCACUGGGAAAUUAAUUGUGCCUCUUACCCACUUUAAAAAGGACUGUUAACAAAGAGAGAGAAACCAAAGAGAGAGGGUAGCAAAUAGAAACAGCAACAUUAGCAGCUUUUGUUUCCAUAGACCCCUCCCCUGCAGCUACAAAAGCAACCCCAUUUUCACUCUUUUUUCAGGUACAGCCGAACUUGGAAUUCAAAGACCCUUCAGAAGAUUUUCAGUAGGAGUAAAUUAAUUGCUCUGUUUUUUGUUUUCUCGAGGGAGAUGUAUUAGUGACACUGCGGCUCCUUCAUUCCUCUGAUUGAAAAAAGUUCAAAACAGAGACCCAUCUCUGUUACGAGGCUACUAUACACUUUUCCAUUAAAAGAUCCGUAGAGAGAAAAUGGUGCCAUCGAAACAGGUUGAAGAAGGCAGUUUCUCACAAUCAAUGAAUGAGCCAAAUGAGAGGGAUGGAGAAGAGAAUGAAAAUCAAUCUCCAUUGAGCUUUAAGAGCCUCCUCUGGCAUGGAGGCUCUGUUUAUGAUGCUUGGUUCAGCUGUGCAUCAAAUCAGGUUGCUCAGGUUCUGUUAACUCUGCCAUACUCUUUUUCUCAACUGGGAAUGCUCUCAGGGAUUAUAUUUCAAGUGUUUUAUGGCAUUAUUGGAAGCUGGACUGCAUAUUUGAUCAGCAUUCUCUAUGUUGAGUAUAGAACUCGAAAGGAAAAGGAGAAUGUCAGCUUCAAGAACCAUGUCAUUCAGUGGUUUGAAGUGCUGGAUGGGCUUCUGGGUCCAUAUUGGAAAGCUGUGGGAUUGGCUUUCAACUGUACUUUCCUUCUCUUUGGAUCUGUCAUUCAGCUAAUAGCCUGUGCAAGCAACAUAUAUUACAUAAAUGACAAAUUAGACAAGAGGACAUGGACAUACAUAUUUGGAGCUUGCUGUGCCACCACUGUGUUUAUACCUUCUUUUCACAACUACAGAAUUUGGUCUUUCCUUGGCCUUGGAAUGACCACUUACACUGCUUGGUACUUGACCAUUGCUGCCCUUCUUCAUGGCCAGGUUGAUGGGGUCCAACAUUCUGGCCCAACUAGAAUGGUGCUCUACUUCACUGGGGCAACCAACAUACUUUACACUUUUGGUGGCCAUGCUGUCACUGUGGAAAUAAUGCACGCGAUGUGGAAGCCUCGAAAAUUCAAAGUUAUUUAUCUCAUCGCCACUCUCUACGUCUUCACCUUGACCAUCCCCUCAGCCACCGCCGUCUACUGGGCUUUCGGCGAUCAACUCCUCACUCACUCCAACGCUUUCUCCCUCCUUCCCCCCAACGGAUGGCGUACCACCGCCGUCGUUCUGAUGCUCAUUCACCAGUUCAUAACAUUCGGGUUUGCUUGCACCCCAUUGUAUUUCGUGUGGGAGAAAGUGAUUGGAAUGCAUGAAACAAAGAGCAUGUGUCUGAGGGCAGUUGCCCGAUUACCGGUUGUGAUUCCCAUAUGGUUUUUGGCCAUAAUUUUCCCCUUCUUUGGACCCAUUAACUCUGCGGUGGGGGCGCUUCUGGUUAGCUUCACCGUCUACAUCAUCCCCUCUUUAGCCCAUAUGCUCACUUUCAGAUCUGCCUCAGCCCGACAGAAUGCUGCAGAGAAACUUCCAAUCUUCCUCCCUAGCUGGGCAGGCAUGUAUGUGGUGAACAGUUUUAUAGUGAUCUGGGUCCUGGUGAUUGGGUUUGGAUUUGGAGGGUGGGCUAGCAUGGCCAACUUCAUCAAGCAAGUUGACACUUUUGGGCUUUUUGCAAAGUGCUACCAGUGUCUACCACAGAGCCCACCAAUGGCCCAUCAUUGAAUUUUCUCCCUCAACCAUAUACAAGGCAUACACAGAGAUCAUCAAACUUCUCCUCCUACCUUAAGUAAAUAGCCAUAUUAAUCAGCCAAAUCUUGUCUGUUCAGUCUCUUUAUCUAAAUAUGAUGUUUGUUUGUUUCUUUUGUUCUUCUUUCUUAUGCAAAUAUGAGGAAUUGGGUAAAGUCCAUUCUUAGAUGCAUAUAAACCAUCUUCUUCUCUCCCACUAUUGUUUUGUUAUGUGCUUCUGGAGGAACUGGAUACCAAUUGCUAUCUCUGACUAAUUUUAGAAUGCAAAAGGAACAGAGUUGGAACUGCACUCUAAAUUUUGAA